AUGGCCGAGCAGAGACUGAAGACGCUCCAGAGGAAGUUGAGCCGCAACCCAGACCUUCAUCGUUUCUACACAACCUUCGUGGAGGAGUUGAUCGACAAGGGUUAUGCCGAGAAGGUCGAUGAAGCCAGGGAUGAUGGGAAGAAAGGGAGAAUCUGGUUCCUGCCACAUCACUCAGUAUUUCACCCAAAGAAGCCAGAGAUAGUGAGGAUUGUGUUCGACUGUGCCGAUGAGUAUCGGGGCACUUCCCUCAAUGACCAAGUGUUACAGGGGCCGGACCUCACCAAUAGCUUACUGGGUGUGCUACUUCAUUUUCGCCAAGAACCAGUUGCAGUGAUGGCCGACAUAGAGGCUAUGUUCCAUCAAGUGAGAGUCACUCUAGAAGAUCGAGAUGUUCUGCGAUUCCUGUGGUGGCCUGGUGGGGACUUACAACAGGAACCAGCUGUGUAUAACAUGACGGUUCAUAUCUUCGGUGGUACCUGGAGUCCCAGUUGCUGUAACUUCGUUCUACAGCACACUGCCACAGUGAACCAGCCAGGGUGUGAUCCAGACACCACAGAAACCGUCAUGAAGAACUUCUAUGUAGACGACUGCCUGAAGUCACUGCCUGAUGUCGAAUCUACAAUAAAAUUGGUUGGGCAGCUCAGAGAGCUGGUAGCCACUGGUGGAUUCAAGCUGACAAAAUGGAUCAGCAAUGACCGAGAUGUGUUGGCGUGCAUCCCUGAAGAGGAUAGAGCCAAAGAAGUUAAGGGCUUGAAUCUGAACCAUGAAGCCCUACCUGUCGAGAGAGCCCUUGGUGUGUAUUGGGAUAUAGAGUCAGACAGUUUCUGUUUCAAGAUCACACCCAAGGACAAGCCGCUGACAAGACGAGGACUGCUAAGUGUGGUCAGUUCAGUAUACGACCCACUAGGCUUUGCGAGUCCGUACACCUUGAAGGCGAAGAUGAUCAUCCAAGACUUGAGUCGUCAGAAACUUGGCUGGGAUGAGAAAUUGCCAGACGGAGAGUUAGACAGAUGGCUGAGUUGGAGAGAUGACCUCCCGAAGAUGGAGAACCUCAAGGCUCCCAGAUGUGUGAAACUACUGGCAAUGGAGAAGAUAGCUGAAUGCUGCAUUCACUAUUUCUCUGAUGCUUCUCAAGCAGCAUAUGGUGUGACAGCUUACCUAAGAGUGGUAGACAUGGAAGGCAAGAUACAGUGUCACCUUCUACUGGCCAAGUCCCGUCUUGCUCCCAUCAAGUCAGUGACCAUACCCAGAUUAGAACUGACGGCAGCGACACUCUCCAUCAAAUUAGACAACAUGAUUCGCCGAGAUCUUGAGCUGCCAGUUGGAGAAUCAGUGUUCUGGACUGACAGCAUGACAGUCCUGAAGUACAUCAACAAUGAUAACAAACGUUAUCAGACAUUCGUUGCCAACAAGGUUGCUACCAUUCGAGAUGGGUCGACACCGUCACAGUGGCGUUACGUAGACACAAAGUCUAACCCAGCCGAUGAGGCAUCCAGGGGUUUGUCAGCUAAUGAACUACUANUAUCUUGUCAGAAAGUAAUCGACUUCUAUACAUGCUGA